AUGUUCGUCCAACUGCGUCGCGUGAUGUACCUGUUGGUACUACUCCAAUGCUGCGUGUGUGUGGCAUAUGUGGCGAAUGCAAAUGAAGUUGAGCAGGUUUCUUCAAACGACGAGUCAACUAAAGCAAAAAAGGUGGAUCAGUUAGUCAAGGCAAUAGAAAAGGCGUUUGAGCGCAUUAUGCCUAUGUCCGGAUGUCUGUCUUUGAUAAGAAAGAAUAUGGAAUUAUACAAGAAAAAUUACAAGCAUGCCGAAGCUGCAAGAAAGAAUAUCACUGCUCUUGAUGAAGAGAUCAAGGUUUUGAAAGGAAGAAAAGAAAAAGCGUGGAAACCAGAAGAGUGGGAGCAGGAAAAAAGGGAUGGAGUGCAACAAGACAUAUAUAUUGUUGGAAAUGCGACAUUAACACUUAAUGGCAUAUCUCAAAUGGAAAAGGCUUGUAGGAACGUGUCUGUGGACCUGGGAGAAGAAAUAAAAGGUCUUGUCAACGCUCGAGAAGGGUUUUUGGUCGCACAUAAAAACAAAACGCCGGAUGAAAUAAAGCUCGAAAAAAAAAGCAAUGAAACAGAGGGAGCGCUAGUUCACCUCAAUGAAUAUCGCGAAGACUUGCUGAGUGAAUUCGUACCACUUAUGGAGGUCGCAAAAUCCAUGUAUGACGCGUUGGAUGCCAUAAGGGGGUCUUUGGGGGAUGAGGCGACACAUGUAAUGAGUACAGAAAAGGACAGUGAAGAAGAACAUAAAAAACGUAUUGGGGAGAUAAUGAACAACUUUAAUGAAAAACUGAAGGAAGAAAAUUCAAAAGCAAAUGAAGAAAUGCAGGGUCGUGCAGAGGAGGAGCAGGAUGAAAAGGGAAGAGGGAGUAUAACUGAAGUGAAACCGACAGAGGCAACUGAAGAGACAAAAGGGGUUGGAGAGAAUGCACAGAAGCCACCCGAGGAAGGAGAAGAAAAGAAAGAGGACGAAGAAGAUGAGAAGAAAAAUACCAAAGGAAAAGAAGAAGGGAAAGGGAGAGAGGGUGAAGAAGAAAAGGCAGGGGAGGGAGAUGUCACAAAGGAAGAAGGGAAGAAAGAGAGAGAAGGGGAAGAGGCGGAGAAUUAUAAAAACAAAGAAGAGACCAAACAAGAGCAGGAAAAACAAACCAAUGAAGAAGCAAAAGAGGAUAAAAAGGGGCCGGGGGCGGUAUUAAGUGUAGUACAAGGUGCUGACAGCAGCCACAGUCCUGCAAUGGUGCACAGUUCCUUGCUUCUUGUUCUCUUGUAUGUGCUGGGUUGCACUCUCGUGUGUUAA